GUUUGAUUAAACUGACUAUUUUUGCAUUGCUAUUUUUGUACUCCGGCGUGGUAACGAAUUUAUUUAAGCGUACUGACUCCGUAACGAAUAACAAACAACUAGAGCCGUUAACGUACAUAUAUCGCACAUGAUUUAGACUGGAUCUGAAAUAACUUUAACGAGUUUCAGUGCAGUUACACUGAUUGCUCAAAGAAAAUGGAUUUAGAUCGAGAUACAUCGAACACCGACGUGUGUCUCGAGACUGCACGGCAAAUAUUUGACGUCUGCGGUGCUAAGAGUACCGGUACUUUACAUGUGUGCGCACUCAUGGAUAAACUCGCUCCUUCCGUGAAGACUAACAAUGCUGAAUUUAGCUACCUCCAAUCCCUACUGGACCCCAACCAAAGCGAUCCAGAGAUAAAUGUGUCUCAACUGGCCAGCGCCCUGAAUGCCUUCACCGACAGUCAGAAGACCAAGCUAGAUCUUGAUGAAAGUUUCAACUUGAAGAGCGGUAUGGGGCCCCAGGACUCUGAUUCUGGUAUUUCUAAUGAUGGCUACGUAAUCCUGGAGGAGCUGCAAGCCGAGCUGCGCGAGAAAUCCCACCUGGCUGCCAAACUCCGCAGCCAACUGGACUUUACCGACCGACAGCACGAAGAAGCGCUAGCCGCGCUCAGCGCCGAGCGGGACUCGCUGCGCUCACACCUCAACAUGCUCCGUGAAGAGAACAUGACAUUGACCCACGAACGCCGCGAUUACGAGGAAGCGAGCGAGCGACUAUGCAGCACGGAGCAGGCGCUGGGCGUGGCCAAGCGUGAGCGCGACACGGCGCAGCGGCGCGCCGCCGCAGCCUUGGAGCGGGCCGCUACUUUAGAGGCCGAGAAACUAACUCUACAAGAGCUCCUAAGCAAGUCCAAAGAAGAAUGCCACCGAAUCAACGAGAUGUACGCGACACGACAAGCUUCCCUUCUGGAACAGAACGAACUGCUAAAGCGGGAGAGAGCCGAGCUGGCGGCCCGACUACAGGACCAGGAGGAUCUGGUGCAGCAGAUGCUUAAAGAGAAGGUAAUCCUGGAAAUGGAGCUGAAGGACGUCUUGAACCGCUCCAACCAGACGCAGCUGAGACUCGACCGCUCCAUAGACGUCAGCUACACCGAGGACCAGAUGCUGACGGCUCUGGACAACCUCAAUGUUGACAGCCGGUUCUCUUCAGAUAAUCAUGUGUUAGAAGAAGAUGCUUUCAUUAAAGCGCUUAAAGAUCAGGAGCUCGGACGCGCCUCCAACCUUUCGCUCUUCGACGAGAUUCGACUCAGCUUUUCCUAUAUGACCCGACUUACACCUGACGCCUCUGCCAAUAUGUCCAAAUCACAACUAUUUGAAUAUAAUAAUCGUGAUAACUUGGACACGUCAAAUACGGGCACUCAGACUGACGAAUUUAAGGAAAUAACAAAUAAUAACGAAUGUGACUGUACUAAAACAUGCCUUAAAUGUGAAAAGUUACAAAAUGAUUUAGUAAAUCUCCAAAACGAUUUAAAGACUGCCAAUAACAAUGUGUCACUUAUGCAAACAGAACUCGUCGAGUGUGAGAAGGAUUUCAAAGAAUUACAAAAGCGCCUUGAUGUUAAAAUCGAUAAAAUAACCUCUGAGACACAAACAGAUGACCCGAUAUGUAUUAAUUGUAAAGAGAAAACUGUAGAAUGUAAUAAAUUAAAGGACACACGUGCUAAGUUAAGAGUAGACCUUAAGAAGACUCAAAAUAAGGUUUCAAAUGCUGAAAAAGAGUUGAUUAAGUCUCAGUUAAGCUUGAAGACGUUACAAGAUUAUAUAGAGGGAUUAGAGGGUUUAAAAGUGGAAUGUUGUGAAACUGGGACGCAGAUAGAUGAUCCAAUGCAAAUUGUACCAUCUGUUGAUAAUAAUAACGUUGAAGUUUGCAAUGAUCGCACAAAGCCAUGCUUAAACUGUGACAAAUUACAGGAUUACACAGCUAAAUUAGAAAGCGACAUAGCUCAAGCAAAUAACAACUUUGCUAAUAUGCAACUAGAUUUGGACAAAUAUGAGAACACAUUGAAUGAUUUACUAAAAGAUUUAGACGAAGGCGUGAACAGGAAUGACUUUUUGAAGGAAAUGUCGCAGAAUUUACAAGCUAAGCUUGAUGUAAUAGAAUCUGCAUAUAUCGCUCAGAAGGAGAAAAUCGAGACCACGACGUGUGAGAUGUCUUGUAUAGAAAGCCAAACUGACUAUGACGUGGCGUCGGUGGGCACGCAGGCGGCGGCGCCGUGCCUGCAGUGCGAGUCGCGCGCCGGCACCAAGGUCGCGCCGCAACGCACUAUACGGAGAUUCUUGUGGGAGUCCCUCAAAUGCCUGUUCCAAGCGUUCGCGUUGCUCUGCUUCAUCUUCGCCCUCUCGUCCCUGUACGGCGUGACGCGCCGGCGCGGCUGCGGCGAGCGCGAGCUGCCGUGGCGGUGGCUGGACGCGCACGACCUCAUGGACCUGCUGCUGCGGAUAGAGUACGUCGCUGAUGUGCCCAUGUGAACCAUAAAGGUCACCCCACACUGGCGUCUCCCGAGCGUCCCCGUCCAGCCAACUCUAUGGCUGCUGCUCGACACGACGUUGGCGCAACUGCGCAGCGGCGCCAUUUUCCGUAGCGCUGACUAGACGCCGUCGCUCAAAAGACGCUAUAGUUCGUUUUUUUAGCAUUAGAAAUAAGGUAAACAAUCUUGACUUGUCUUUUUAUUGAAAAAUAUUCAAAAAUUUGUUUAUAUUACUUUUUAGAUAAAAGAUAAAGAUAAAAAAACAUUUAUUCGUGACGAUCACAAAACAAGUACGAACAUGUACAGACAACAACAGCAAGAAAAGAAGAGAUCGUCAAGUGUGCGUCACGAAAUGGACCCAAUUUUUCAAAGUAAAAGAUCGUAUAUGAUUUAUAAUUGUAACAUAUUUGCUGUGACUUAUUUUUCAAAAGUGAUUUUUAAUAAAAAAGACACGUCAAGAUCGCUUACCUUCUUUCUAAUCCAAAAAAAAACGAAUUAUAGUGUGGGGUCUCUCUAAUACAGUGGCAUAAGGUGGGAAGUAGAUAGGCAAUGAAAGCGAGAAUUUAUACACUUAACCUACCUUUUAGAGAUCCGUACACGGGACGAUCCAGAAAUGACUAGUUGUAAUCUGAGAUGCGACCGUUGCGCGGUCACUUUUCUCCGUGUAAGAAAGGCCUAAGAGCUCUCGCGGUCGCCAUACAUGACGUUUCAUACCUAAUUUGGUUCCAAUACUUGAGUUCACGUUUACUACCUGUCUAUCUGAUAGCUCCCGGCGUAGUAAGUAACAAGUAAAAUAGCGCUUAUGUGUGGUGACCACGGAUUUUUUUCUGAAUCUUUCACUUUAUUCUAUCUGAUUACUUGCGGUAGUUCUGAUGACAUUUUUAUCAUGUUCUUGCUUGAUAUUAAAUUACGGAGCUAUAGUUAUGUUAAACACUCGCUGCACUCUGGUCACACUUACCUGCGGCGGGCUUUAGUCCUAUUUACUUUUUAAUUGCUUCACGCGCAGCGAGUGUUAAACGCAACCAUAAUUUCAUAGUUUUGUGGUAUGCCUGAUCUAAGAAUUGAGGGACGAAUUUACUGAAUUGCCAACGGCUCAAAAAUGAUCUGACCAUAUCGAAAUAGCUUAAAGUAUUCGCGAAACAUCUGAAUAUUAUAAGAUUGAUAAAGUAGUCUUAGAUUUAGUAAUAAUUAACAUAAUGAAACAUUAAAUGCAAUACUACUGUUCCUAAUAGGAUUUUAUUCAACGUGAACAAUAUACCCCAGGAGGGCUAAUACCGGUGUUAUUUUAAUGCCUAGUUAUAUUAUUUAAGUAUUACGAAUAUUAAGAUAUAUUCUGAUUAUGACUCGAUAUUUCCGAUGCUUGAAUAUUUUAACAAUAUUACACUUCGAAUAAUAUUUUAUCUAAUUUGAUUAUUUUAAAAUUUGACUUAUUAUAGGUAUAUUUUCAAUGCAUCUUAUUUUGUUGAUUUUUUAUAUUUGUGUAGUACCUAUAAUUUGUUUUAUUCUAAAUUUGAAUGCCAUCUCAUGUAGAAAAAUUGAUUAUUUAAUGAGAAAUAAUAAUCUGGUAAUAUUUCCUUAUAUUCUUUUUAUGUUGCUUUUCUAUUACCUACUAACUUUAUCUCUAUAUUCGCAAGUUAUGCAAAAUCUCAAAAAAUAUGUCUCAAUCUGUAAUCGACUUAGAUAAAUAUAUAGCUGUGAUAAUUCAGUGCCACUUAAAUAUAUAAUCCAACUAAAUUGACCUUUUUUUUUAAGAAAUAGAUUUAAAAAACAUGUAAGCGAUGUCUCCAUGACAUGUGAUGUGUGUUGUAUUAUGGUAUGAGAUUGGUGAAAUAAAUAGUUUUAUUUAGCAUUAAUCUUAGUUUAGGAAAAAUUGCCAAAUAUGUAACAAUGGGAAUGAAGAAUUUAAGCUUAAUAUUGAAAUUAUAACAUUAGUGUUACCUUAAGAAUUAGCAUAUAAUGCAUGGAACAAUAUGAAACCUUUAAAAUUAUCCGAUAUCCUAAAAACAUAUUUAUUAGUUUUCAUUUCAUUCAACUUGCUUCUACAAAAACUGAAACUAAUUUAACUAUUACCUAUGCUUACGAUUUACCUUGUUUCUAAAUAACUACCUAUGUUGUUAGAUAUAAUGACAGAGUUACUUUCGCAUUUAUAUUACUAGAUAGAGAUAUGUAUGAUGGUUCCAAUUCAACAAUGUUACUGUAUCUACGUUUUGCGUGUACUGAAGGAUUGGUUAAAAGCAACUUUGUUUCAGCAUAUCAGGUUAAGGUAAAGACUGCGAUACAUUCAUACAGUCAUAGAAAUAUCCAAAAAGUUCUUCGAUUAUAUGGAAAUAUGCAUAUUGUUCCAAAAUAAUUCUGAAAUUAUAAGUAUAAGGGCAUUUAUAACUGCAUUUAUUUUGAAUAGAUUAGGUUUUAAAUUUUAAGACAAUGUAACCAGAGUUGUGCAAUUUUAUAGGUAUCCAAUUUUAUGCGUUCUUGCGUUCAUACAUUGUAAGUUAAAAAUAUGUUCGAUUUUAAAGUUAUAAUGUAUACAACGAAGUAUGUAUGUAACAAUAUCAUUAGUCAUUUUAAUA